AUGUUGAUGCUAUUGGUGUUGCUUUUUCUAAUGCCUUCUGUUUCUAAUAUCGAUAAUACCAUCGGGUGCACUGUGAAUGUUCCUGUUCCUGUUCCACAUGAGUGGUACCAGCCAGGUGAUCUAAUCACUGGUGGCAUUGUUACUCACAUUUAUUAUGUUUUCUAUGAAGUUUUCUUCAAGGAACACCCAACACAGAACCUCUUUGAUGCUUCAGCUGUGGUGACAAAAUUCUACCAACAUGUCCUUGCCUUGGCAUUUGCUGUGAAAGAAAUAAAUGAGAACCCCAACAUUUUGCACAAUGUCACACUGGGGUUCCACAUCUAUGAUAGCUACUAUGAUGCAAGGAUGACCUACCGUACGACUCUUGACCUCCUCUUCAAAAUGAAGACAUUUGUCCCCAACUACAAAUGUGACACCCAGAAAACCCUCAUAGCCAUCAUUGGGGGACUUGGGUCUGAUACCUCCUUACAUAUGUCUGAUAUGUUAAGUCUCUACAAAAUUCCCCAGCUUGCAUAUGGUUCGUUUCCACCAGAGGGUGACACAAGUCAGUCCCCGUCCUUUUAUCGAAUGGUGCCCAAUGAAGCCCAUCAAUUUUGGGGUAUUAUUAGCUUGCUUAAGCAUUUUGGAUGGAUCUGGGUUGGACUCUUUGCUCCAAAUGAUAACACGGGAGAAUAUUUCGUCAAGACCCUGGAGCCAUUGCUUUCCCAAAAUGGAAUUUGUUCAGCCUUUACACAAAGAAUCCCACCUCAACUCCAUCUUGAUAACCUGGAUGAAAUGCAUGAUGUAGCCUUAAAUUUGUAUGCCUUGCUCACAGAUAAUAAAGUCACUACAUUUAUUGUCUAUGGUGAAUCUCUGACAAUUAUAGCACUGAGAGCUAUUAUAUUUUUGCGAGACCCAACCAAUAAGGAAAAUUUAGCAUUCAAAAGGAUGUGGAUUUUGACUGCGCAUACUGAUUUCAUUGCAACGGGGCUUGUUAGUUCUUGGGAUUUUCAGCUCUUUCAAGGUGCCAUCUCCUUCACAAUUCAUUCACAAAAUAUUCUAAGGUUCAAAGAUUUUCUUCUGACCAUCAAGCCUUCCUGGAGCCUGGGAGAUGGUUUUCUCAAGGACUUCUGGGAGCAAGCAUUUGACUGUAUAGUUCCAAAUCCCCAUGUGACCCUGGAGGUCAAUGGCAUUUGUACUGGAAAGGAGAGUUUGGAGAGUCUUCCAGGAUCUCUUUUUGAAAUGGAACUAUCUGGGCAUAGCUACAGUAUCUACAAUGCUGUUUAUGUUGUAGCUCAUACUUUGCAUGCUAUUUACUUGUCUACAUCCAAGCAGAGAACAUUGGGUAGCAGUGGAAAAUUAAAACUUCAAGAUCUGCAGCCUUGGCAGCUGCACCAUUCUCUUCCUGACAUUUCAUUUAACAACUCAGCUGGAGAAACUCUGUCCUUUACUAAUAAAAGAGAAAUGGGAGGUAGAUUCGACAUCACAAACAUGGUCACCUUCCCAAACAAGUCUUUCCUUCGAGUGAAGGUUGGAUGGGUGGAUCCCAUUGCUGCCAAUAGAAAUGAGUUAAUCAUUCAUGAGGACAUGAUUAUGUGGAACAAAGGCUUUAACCAGGUGAUGCCCACUUCUCUGUGUAAUGACUACUGCCGCCCUGGUAAUCAGAAGAAAAGGAAGGAAGGGCAGAAAUUUUGCUGCUAUGAUUGUACUCCAUGUCCAGAAGGGAAGAUUUCCAACCAAAAUGAUAUGGAUGAGUGCAUCAUAUGCCCAGGAGAUCAGUAUCCAAACAAGAACAAAACUGGAUGCAUCCCCAAAAUAAUAAGCUUUCUUACUUACGAUGAAUCAUUUGGUAUCAGUUUGGCCUCACUUGCUCUUUCUUUUUCACUGCUCACAAGUUUGGUGAUAGGAACUUUUAUUAAAUACAAAGAUACUCCCAUUGUCAAAGCCAACAACCGGGAUCUCACUUACAUUCUCCUCAUCUCACUACUGCUCUGCUUCCUCUCAUCUUUGCUAUUCAUUGGGAAACCUGGGGAAGUGACCUGCAUUCUUCGCCAACCAAUGUUUGGCAUUGUCUUCUCACUGGCCAUUUCAUGUUUGUUGGCAAAGACUGUCACUGUAGUUGUAGCUUUCAUGGCCACAAAACCAGGAUCUAGCACAAGGAAGUGGGUAGGAAAAGGGCUGGCCAAUGCCAUAGUCCUUUCCUGCUCUGUUACUCAAGCAAGUAUUUGUACUGUGUGGUUGAUAAAUUUUCCCCCAUUCCCCCAACUAGACAUGGACUCGGUAGCAGAAGAAACCAUUGUGCAGUGUAAUGAAGGGUCAGUAACCAUGUUUUAUUGUGUCCUGGGCUACAUGGGCCUCCUGGCCACUGCCAGCUUCAUUGUGGCAUUUGCAGCUCGCAAAUUACCAGACACCUUUAAUGAAGCCAAGUUCAUUACCUUCAGCAUGUUGCUGUUUUGCAGUGUUUGGUUGUCCUUUAUCCCAACAUAUCUGAGCACCAAAGGGAAAUCCAUGGUGGCAGUGGAGAUCUUCUCUAUCUUGUCCUCCAGUGCUGGAUUAUUGGGUUGCAUCUUUGCCCCUAAAUGUUACAUCAUUGUGCUGAGGCCUGAGCUGAACAAUAGGGAGCAAAUAAUGAGAAAAACUGAUUGA